AUGCGAGAAGGACGACGAGACAGUAAACAGGAAGGGAUUGACGAGAGUUUAGCUCGAAUUCUAUGGAUCCUAUGGUUCCUGUGGAAAGCGCGUAACAUCAAGGUUUUUGAGGGAAAUGACACAUCCCCACUGGAAGUUCUUCAGUCUGCGACUUUGGAGGCUGCCAUCUGGAACCUGACGCAUGUAGUUUCAGAGAGGCGGGAGGUAGACGACAGAACCCUCCUACCUGAACUACAAGAUUCACCAUCACCGAAACCGUUCUGCAGGGUUGACGCAUCCUGGAAAGUUGAUGAUGCUCGGUAUGGUGGUGGCUUCAUGAUGGAGAUGAAGGAUGGGAUCACUAUAUUUGGUUCAUUUGCUUGUAACCAAGUGUUUUUCCCCUACACGCCGAGUUUAACACUCUGCUACGGGCCAUGA